AUGAGUGUAGCAACAUGCCCUCAGGUCCCUGAGGACAACAAGGGUGUAGCAACAUGCCCUCAGAUCCCUGAGGACAACAAGGGUGUAGCAACAUGCCCUCAGAUCCCUGAGGACAAGAAGGGUGUAGCAACAUGCCCUCAGGUCCCUGAGGACAAGAAGGGUGUAGCAACAUGCCCUCAGGUCCCUGAGGACAACAAGGGUGUAGCAACAUGCCCUCAGGUCCCUGAGGACAACAAGGGUGUAGCAACAUGCCCUCAGGUCCCUGAGGACAACAAGGGUGUAGCAACAUGCCCUCAGAUCCCUGAGGACAACAAGGGUGUAGCAACAUGCCCUCAGGUCCCUGAGGACAACAAGGGUGUAGCAACAUGCCCUCAGAUCCCUGAGGACAACAAGGGUGUAGCAACAUGCCCUCAGGUCCCUGAGGACAACAAGGGUGUAGCAACAUGCCCUCAGAUCCCUGAGGACAACAAGGGUGUAGCAACAUGCCCUCAGGUCCCUGAGGACAACAAGGGUGUAGCAACAUGCCCUCAGAUCCCUGAGGACAACAAGGGUGUAGCAACAUGCCCUCAGGUCCCUGAGGACAACAAGGGAGUAGCAACAUGCCCUCAGGUCCCUGAGGACAACAAGGGUGUAGCAACAUGCCCUCAGGUCCCUGAGGACAACAAGGGUGUAGCAACAUGCCCUCAGGUCCCUGAGGACAACAAGGGUGUAGCAACAUGCCCUCAGGUCCCUGAGGACAACAAGGGUGUAGCAACAUGCCCUCAGGUCCCUGAGGACAACAAGGGUGUAGCAACAUGCCCUCAGGUCCCUGAGGACAACAAGGGUGUAGCAACAUGCCCUCAGGUCCCUGAGGACAACAAGGGUGUAGCAACAUGCCCUCAGAUCCCUGAGGACAACAAGGGUGUAGCAACAUGCCCUCAGAUCCCUGAGGACAACAAGGGUGUAGCAGCAUGCCCUCAGGCCCCUGAGGACAACAAGGGUGUAGCAACAUGCCCUCAGGCCCCUGAGGACAACAAGGGUGUAGCAACAUGCCCUCAGGUCCCUGAGGACAACAAGGGUGUAGCAACAUGCCCUCAGAUCCCUGAGGACAACAAGGGUGUAGCAACAUGCCCUCAGGCCCCUGAGGACCACUGUCAACAGAGCCCAUCAUAG